AUGUCUAAUGUUGUUGUUAGCAGUGAUGCUUCGCGCUCAGCGUCAGAUGGUCGUGCCGAGUCCGCGGCGUUGUGCGAGCGCGCGGACAGGGUAGGGUGUUUUCUGACUCACGGCCAAACUGGCUCCACCACUCCGAGGUGUCUCUGCAUGCCAUUCGACGCCAGGUGUUGGCAGCCUGUUUCUCAACGCAGCGACCCAGGCCGUGUGGUGAACUCGAUUAUCCAGGGUCCCGCCAUGCUGGGAUUUCCGCCCGAGGCCUUGCACCCCAAUUUCGCCAUCCGCAGGUCGCACCGUUUUGGGCAAUCUAGCCAAGCCAGCCAGGAUCCAGGGGAGUUCCAGGGACCACACUGUUUCCCGAGCGUGCCCUCCAAUCCGUGUGUGGUUCAUGCUCCCGCCUCCACCGAACCCGACAGCAGCCUGCCUCUCUUCUUGCACCCACAACUUGUUCAGGAGGUGGGAUGCGAUCGGAAUCCUAAACACUGA